GCAGCUUAGAGUUGAUCUCCUUCCUGUGCUCUGUGUGUGUGUGUACAGUACUGUAAUGCACUGCGCCUCCUCCUGCCUGCUUUAGUGAAUUGGAUGUGUUAGGUGUACAGGGCUCCGCAGGGUAAUGCGGUAACCCAUGUAUUUUAGGGGACCCUUGGUGGGUCUCACUUUCUGCUGCUUCUUCUUGGCUUCAUACUUCACGAACAAGUAUGUCCUGUCUGUCCUGAAAUUCACCUACCCUACCCUUUUUCAAGGUUGGCAAACCUUAGUGGGAGGAUUACUUCUUCAUGUGUGCUGGAAACUAGGUUGGGUGGAAAUCAAUAGCAGUUCCAGUCUUAUCUUUCCUUCACAGGAGGAAGGUGAAGAAUUGAGCUGCUCCAGAUUCAUUGUUGUAGGGUCCUCAGAGCGAUUUGAGGUCCAUUUCCACCCUCAGAGAGCUGCUACCAGCGACGGAGGGGAAAGUGGAGUAUUGAGCAGUGGCACAAUUACACCCACUCUUCUGCUUUCUUUACAGCCAAUCCCUGUGUUCUUUAUUUUGCACAAUGCAGCUGAAACUGUGGUUUAUGGAGUCCAACGUGUAAUCCUCAAAGAGCAAUCCUCAUACACAAGAUCUUUGAGUAUAAUAUUGAUGCUGAUUUCUGCUGGAUUCCUUCCAUUACAUGAUGCUCAGUUUGAUGCAGAUGGCUAUUUCUGGGCAACAGUUCACUUAGCUUGUGUAGGAUGUUACAAAGUUUUCCAGAAGUCUCAAAAGUCAAGCACAUUAAGUGAACUUGAUCAACAAUACAUAAAUUAUGUUUUCAGUGUGAUACUGUUGGCAUUUGCUUCUCAUCCAACAGGUGAUCUCCUCAGUGCCUUGGAGUUCCCAUUCCUCUAUUUUUACAGAUUUCAUUGGGGUUGUUGUGCCAGUGGGAUUUUGGGAUUCCUGCUGAUGCUUACUACUACGAAGUUAAAAAGUAGCCUGUCCUCCGCACAUCAUGCAUCUUGGGGUUUCCUUGCAAAGAUUUUAACAGCUGUAUUAUCUCUGAUGUUCUUCGAUAUUAUAAUGACGGUACCUCUUGUUAUAUGCUUUCUCAUUGGUUUUCUGGGAGAUGCUUUGCUUAUUUACUCAGAGAGGACUGGUGCAUAACAACUGCCUUAGAGUUAUGAAGAUAUAAGAGCUUCACCUUUUAUUACAAAUUAGUGGCUUCCCUCUGACCUACAUGGUGUCCAUAAAACAAUUUCUUAUGUAUUUUUAUACUCUGUUAAAAGGAACAUUCAGAUUGUAUGUUGUUGCUUUCUGCUGGCUGGGCCUCAUAUCUACACUAAUGCUAGUGCUGGUUAAUAAAGGGACUGGGAAACUUUUAUAUGAACAAUAUGAGUGACUGUGUGGGGAUGCCUGUUCUUGUGUGCAGAAUAGCAAACCCGGUAAGGUAAAUUGACUGGUGAAUACAUUGUUAUGUUUGUUUGUAUAAAAUAUGUGUGCAUGGCUUGUAAGAACUGCUCAACAGAGUAUUUUCCUUGUAAGGGUUAAAACUAAUGACCUACCAAGGGUAUGAAUACAUAUAUGGACUUAGGAAGUAAUAAUGACUUGAUUAAAAAACAUUGACGGAAACAAAAAGGUUCACAAUUGUCAUUGCAUUGUCUUGCAUGUUUUUUAGACCUAUAUGCAAAUAAUGGAUCAGAAAAAUCAUAUUUUAUGUGUUUGAAUAAAAUGUAUUUGUUUA